GUCCUCUCUGAAAACAUGGUUCUGAAGACCUGCAGGAAACACUGGAAUCAUUUAGGCCUAAAUCCCGUGCCCUUCUGCUCAAAACUGCUACGUUUUGUGUGCUCACAGGAGAAUGGACAGAGGAGGUACGGGGGCCCGCCCCCAGGGUGGGAAGGCCCGCCCCCAGAGAGGGGCAGUGAAAUCUUUGUGGGGAAGCUACCCAGGGACCUCUUUGAAGAUGAGCUGGUGCCACUCUGCGAGAAAUUCGGCAAAAUAUACGAGGUGCGGAUGAUGAUGGACUUCAACGGAAACAACCGUGGUUAUGCGUUCGUGACUUUCGGCACCAAGCAAGAGGCCAAGAAUGCCAUGAAGCAGCUCAAUAAUUAUGAAAUUAGGAACGGGAGGCUAUUAGGAGUGUGCGCCAGUGUGGACAACUGCCGGCUGUUUGUCGGAGGCAUUCCGAAAACAAAGAAGAGGGAGGAGAUCCUGGCAGAGAUGAAGAAAGUGACAGAUGGAGUGGUGGAGGUUAUAGUCUACCCCAGUGCAGCAGACAAGAGCAAGAACAGAGGCUUCGCCUUUGUGGAAUACGAGAGCCAUCGCGCGGCGGCCAUGGCAAGGAGAAAGCUGCUGCCAGGGAGGAUUCAGCUGUGGGGUCAUGCCAUCGCUGUGGACUGGGCGGAGCCAGAGGUGGAGGUGGAUGAGGACACCAUGGCCACAGUGAAAAUCCUCUAUGUCAGAAAUCUUAUGUUAGCAACCACAGAGGAGACGAUUGAGAAGGAGUUCAACAGCAUCAAACCAGGGGCCGUGGAGAGGGUGAAGAAGAUAAGGGACUACGCUUUCGUCCAUUUCACCCAGAGGGAGGACGCCGUAAAUGCCAUGAACGCGCUCAACGGAAAGGUGGUGGACGGCUCCCCGAUCGAGGUGACGCUGGCCAAGCCCGUGGACAAGGACAGCUACGUGCGCUACACCCGGGGAACGGGCGGGCGCGGCGGGGCCCUGCUGCAGGGAGAGUGCGCCUACACCCUGGGGCAGGUGUACGACCCCUCCGCCGCCUACCUGGGCGCCCCGGUCUUCUACGCGCCCCAGGCGUACGCCGCCAUCCCGAGCCAGUUCCGCUUCCCCGCCGCCAAGGGCCCCGUGGGCUCCCGCGGCCUGGUGCGCACGCCCUCGGUCAGAGAAAUUUACAUGAAUGUACCUGUAGGGGCGGCGGGAGUGCGGGGUCUGGGCGGACGGGGCUACCUUGCCUACGCAGGUAUGGGCCGCGGCUGUGCGGCCUACCAGUUAAAGUCAGACAAGCGCCCCGAGGACAAGCUCUACGACCUCCUGCCCGGCAUGGAGCUCACGCCCAUGAACACGGUGACCCUGAAGCCGCAGGGCAUCAAACACGCCCCCCAGAUCCUGGAAGAUAUCUGCCAAAAGAAUAACUGGGGACAGCCAGUGUACCAGCUGCACUCUGCCAUCGGGCCGGACCAGAGACAGCUCUUUUUGUACAAAGUCACCAUCCCAGCUCUGGCCACCCAGUACCCGAAUGUGCACCCGUUUACACCGGCCAAGCUGUGCACGGCUGUGGACGAGGCCAAAGUCCAUGCUGCUGAGCACGCCUUGCAGAUCCUGGGUCUGCAGACAGAGGGUGCUGAAGCUUCCGCUGCUGCCGCUGCAGUUGCUGCUGCAUUCCCAGGUUACACAAUAGCCAACACCACUGCCACGGUGGCUGCCUCGCAGCUCAAACAGGCCGUGUCGCUCGGGCAAGACCUGGCCGCGUACGCCACCUACGAGGGCUACCCGGCAUUCGCCAUGGCGACGCGCGGGGACGGAUACGGGGUGUUCUGAGACCAAACGCCGAGACUCUGAACGCCGUUUCGCCGUUCGCUUUCUGAGGAGUGUUGAUUUUAUUUCAGUAUCUGCUUUAGAUUCUAUUUGAUUUCUGACAAUUUUGCGUAGUAGUUCUGUAGCGUUCUCAUUCUUUGUGAAGAGGCGGCUUGAAAAUCAGUUGUAAUGGAAGUUUUAAUUCACGUUAUGUUCGAGCGCAUGAGUGUGCCUUUGACAUCUCUGAGGAGCGGUGAAAGAUGUUUACAAAGCAACCAGCUUUUUUUCCUCUCCCUUUUGUUUUAAAGAUACAUGUGUUUCUCUCCUCUUGUUUAGUCUUAAUGGUGAGCACAGUAAACACUGUAGGAAGAUGUAUGUCACUCUAGCGGCUGACCGGGACUAACAAUCCCGUGGUCUCCAAAGGGCUAAUUAAAAUGUAGCCUCAGAUUUCCCAGACCUAACCCCUUUCAGCCUCACUAGUAAAUUGCAAUAAACAUUUAAAUGAAAGAGAAUAGCCUCUGACGAAUCUUAAGAGACAAAAGGUUGUUAGAGAGUCAUUAGCAUUUCAUCAGUGGAGAGCCGAGACGUAGACAUAGUUGAGGAUAUUUCUCCAAAUGUCUCCUAAGAAACACUGCCUUGCAUUUCCUAAUGUCAAACAUAGACAGAGAGUGGGGUGGGGGGAGGUAAGGGAUACCAUUUCUGUAUUUUCUGUAUCUGUGUGCUGGAAGACAUUAGCAUGGGAUGUCUGUUGAGAGGGGAAUAACUGAGAGUGGAGUGACUGAGUCACUUUCAUAUAUGGCCUACUUUUAAAGACAUUCCUUUUUUUAAAUAUAUAUUUUCCCACUCAAUAUUUCCAAACACAAAAUGCUUUUUCUAUUUUGCAGGUAUUAAUACUGUGUGUGUAGGAAACGCAAUCUAUAAAGUCGACUAAAAGAUUGGUCUCCUUAGCAAUAGAGGAAGAAAGCUUUCCUUCCAGGCAAUUUUUUUUUUUUCAUUUUUUGCAUGUUUUGGUUAGGGUUCAAGUUCACAUUCCAUUUGGAUGCAUGUUCAGAAUAAGAAAGGCUUUUGUGUAUGCCUGCUGAAAAUGAAUAUAUCUUCAAGUCCGAACAUGCAGCUGAUUGUGAAAUGAAAAUAAAGGCACAAUGGCUUCACUCUCUGUUAAACUAAUAUUUGAAACGAUGCCUGAGCAGUUACAGCGACAGUAUUAAAAGUGUGUGUAGCACUUAGAACUUAUUUUUGUACCAGAAAUGCAACACUAUUUGUAUAGAGUUCUUUUGUUUUGGAUAUUUGAAUAUUUCAAAUUCUACGAUAUAUCAAUAUUGGUUGGAAAAAAGCAAUAACGGAAUUACCAUUUGGGGAUGAAACUUAGAAAAAUUGGAAAUGUAAUAAAAUCAAAUGCAUCAUUAUCCUGAAAAUUGAAUAGUACUGCUUGGGUAAUUGCUGUGUGUCAUUUAAUUGCCCUCUGAAAUGUCAAUAAAUGUAUAGUAUGCAAGAAA